CCCCGAGCCGGAAGCACUUGCCGGCGCUUCCGGUGGUCCUGGGCUCGUGCGUUUCCUCCGGAAUGUCUUGGGUUCGAGCCGUUCCCGAGAUCCCGAGCCCUGGGGAUCAGGACGUGUUUGACGAGGAAGCAGACGAGUCUCUGUUAGUGCAGCGGGAAUGGCAGGGUCACAUGCGGAGACGAGUCCAAGAAGGUUACAGAGAUGGAGUCGAUGCUGGCAAGGCGGUCACUCUUCAGCAGGGCUUCAAUCAAGGUUAUAAACAGGGUGCAGAAGUCAUUAUAAACUACGGACUACUCAGGGGAACACUGAGUGCUUUGCUUUCCUGGUGUCAUCUUCAUGGUAAUAGUUCGACUUUGAUCAGUAAGAUAAACAAUCUUUUGGAUGCGGUUGGCCAGUGUGAAGAGUGUGUGCUCAGGCGUCUGAAAUCAGUCACUUGCCAGCCGCACAUUGCAGAUGUAUUGGACUCCAUUGAUGAUAUGGACCUUUGCCAGGUAGUUCCAGCUGAGAAAAAGACCGAUGACGCAAAAGAUGAAAGACUCUGUGAAAAUAAUGCCGAGUUUGACCCAAAUUCUGACAGGAGUCCUAGCGGGAUGGAUUGCUCACAUCCGGAAUGUUGCAGAACACAUGAGCACGCACAUCUGGAGAAACCAAGCCUCACUUGGAUUCUGGAACAGACCUCCAAUCUAGUGAAACAGCUGGGAGUAUCAGUAGAUGUAUUACAGCACCUGAGACAACUAUAAAGCAUUUGCCCUUUUGGGGCGGAAGUAACACUCAGAAUAUUCCUUAGAGCACUGUGUAUCUAGAUGAGGUAACUAACCACUGACUGAGCACUUCGCCUGUAGCUACCCUUUGUGGGAAUAUGAAGGGUUUUCAGCAUUAACACUAGUAAAUGGAAUGUAAGCUUUUGUCUUUGUCAAGGUUUUUUAAGUUUUAGAUCUGCUCAGAAAUCUCAUGGUCAUUUUCAGAUUUCUAAUCAAAAAUCAGUCAUUUUUAGACUAGCAAAGCCCAAACAUUUUAAAACAAGAAAAAAAAAGGUAAUGCUGCUUUCUGCUCCUGUCAGUAUCAGUUGGUUUAGGACCUCUUCACCAGCAAGCAAACCAAAGUUGCCCGAAAUAACCUAGAGGCUAGCAUAAAUAGGUAGAAGUAGAUGUAUAGAUAGUUAUACAUUAAAUCAAGACGCUGUAGAAACUGACAAAAUAUAUCAUUGAAUGACUAACAAGGAGCAAAGCACUGAAACUCACCUUGUUUAUGUAUCGGUAAAGAUGUUCAAUUCCAUGAAAAAUAGGGGGAAAAAGACAUUUUGUGCUAUAAACUAUAAAGAAAAGGAACUACUUAGUUUUUUAGGUAGUGAGGAGUUGGCCACAUUUUCCCAAAAUGUAACAAACUAUUUUUGUAACUGCAGCUUUGUUAUUUACAUUGGAAUUUUUAAAAACCCGCUAAAACUAUUAUUGCUUUGACAUAAAAUAUAUAAUCUAGCAUAGACAGAAUGAUGUUCAGAUUUUUGUUCCAUGACCUAGGAUCAAAAAAAGGAUUUUUUUUUUGUUGUUGUUGUUGUUGUUGUUGUUGUUGCUUUUCCUCACUUGAAGUUAAUAUGAAAUGCCUGACUUGAGAGGCACCAAAUAAUUUUUCCUUAUUGGCAGCUUUACUUGCUAUCUGAUCAUUACUUAGCUGUGCUGAAAGAUGAUGCAUUCCUGUGAGACUGGCAGGAGGACCUUGUAAAGGACUGCAAAAAUGCUUUGCUGGUUUCUUAAAUCCCUUCUUAAAAUGCACAGAACAUUAAGAAAUUGGGGCAGCAAAAUCUGAAAUAGUGUUGUAGAGUUUCCAAUGUAUUAAACAUGCUUAAAGUAUCAAAGUGACACUUGAUGGCAGGGUUUCUAUUUUGAAGCCUUGUUUUGUGGUACUGGGGAUUGAAUCUUGGACCUCAUAAAUGAUUUUUAUAUUGAAACCUCAUAUCCGCAAAAUAUUAAAGUCUUUAAAGUGUUAAUGUUGCUCUCCACUGUGUUUUACAUAGAAAUAACCAUCUCCUACAGUGGUGGCCACUCUAAGUAAAGAUUUGAGUGCAGUAAAUCUUGAGAUUGUUUCUGACAUAGCCUUAUAGGAGUUCCUAAAUAUAAGAUCCCUUGCCAUCAUUAAUUAGAUAGCAACUGUAUACUAAAGAUAACAGAAAAUGAAGCCAGCUGUUAGCUGAGGAAGCUGGAGAGGUGGUUCAGUGGUUAAAAGCAUUUGCUGCACCCCCAUAAGUACAGGUCCUAGUAUCUACUUGGAAGUUAGAUAUGGUGCUGGGGUUGAUCUGGAGUUGCUAUUGUUAAUUGCUUGUCCCCAAGACCAUUACUGUUCUACGAGCAAAUGCUCAUGUGUCCAAAAUAACUUUGUGUGGAUCCUCGCUCCCCCAUUAUUCCUGAUUAGCUAAUGAAGUUGCUGACAGCCUGGCUGAGCAGAGGAGAAGUAGGCAGUUUAGGUUCUAGUGCUUGGGGUCACAGAAGGGCCAAGAGGAGAGAAAAGGAAGAAAGGAGCAGGUUGCUCUAGGUGAGCAUGUGCCCAAGAGCAGCUAGCUCUGAGGACUGGCCUGAUGGAACAGAAGCAGCCCAAGUGGAACAUGUGCAAGUAUUCCUGGGAAUUCUGGAUGGAAAACAAACAAGAUAGCUUAGAGGGUUGAUGUCUGUCCAGUUUGCAAGUCUUAAGGCUUAUAAUAAAUAACAAGUUUCUGUGUCUUUUAUUUAUAAAAUAACAGGUUAAGGAAUGACUGCUACCUUAUUAAUAUUAAUAGAAUAAUUCCUUUAGCAUAUGCCUUAAUUAUAUGAAUAAACAUUAAUUCCACAACA